AUGCUUUACAUGCUUGUGUCCAUCAAGAUCUGUCUUAAGGGUCAGCCCCAGUGGUCAGAGUUCUUCCCGGACUGCGGUGGGUCGGGUCAGUCUCCCAUCGACGUGGACACGUCGACGGCCCAGUAUGACCCCAACCUUCCCCCCAUCAAGCCCCUGGGCUACGGCCAGCACGGAACAGAGCCAUUUUCACUAUCUAAUAAUGGACACACAGUGGUGGUGUCUCUGCCUAACUGGAUGGGUCUGGCCGGGCUGCCAUACCAGUUCACGGCCGUACAGCUGCACCUGCACUGGGGCAACGGAGCCAGCAUCGCCACCGGCAGCGAACACACCAUCAACGGACACAGCACACCCGCAGAGCUCCACAUAGUGCACUAUAACUCGGAGCUGUAUGAGAACUUCUCCAUGGCGGUGACCAAGAGAGAUGGCUUGGCAGUGCUGGGAGUGCUCAUGGAGGUGGGAGAGGAGACCAAUGAGGGCUAUGGUAGCAUCGUCAACUACCUGAGCAGGAUACGCCACGCAGGGCAGAAAGCGCCCAUUCCCGCGUUUGACGUCCAGACGCUGUUGCCUAGCGACCUGCAUAGUUACUAUCGCUACAACGGCUCCCUGACCACUCCCCCUUGCUACCAGAGUGUCCUCUGGACUGUCUUCGCUGAGACCGUCAAAAUCUCCAUGCCACAGCUGAUGAAGCUGGACACUGUACUGUACUCUACUGAGGAGGGCUCUGGGCAACCCUCUGUGCUGCAGGAUAACUUCCGCGCCACGCAGCCCAUCAACCAGAGGCCUGUCUUUGCCUCCUUCCAACGCGCUGGAGUCAAGAUUUACACUAAAGGUGAAAUCGCUGCCAUAGUGAUAGGCUGUCUAUGUGGCUGUGUGGGUCUGGCAGUGGUGAUUCGCUUCGUGGUGAAAACCAUACGCUCCACGUCCAGCUGGGACGUCCUGCCGACUGUCAGGCCGGCGCCCCCGUCCAGGUCCUCCUCUGAUUCAUGA